UGUCAUUUAUAGGUUGCACAUAUAGAAUUAAAAAUUUUCCACUUAAAAUUUUAUUACAAUUACUGUGAAAAGUUGUUACUUAAUUUUUUUUUAUUCUUUUCAACUCACCUACUAUGUAGAAUUUAAACCUUCUCUCAGAAGUGUCCGAUAGAACUAAUGAAGAAGACAACACAACCAACCAAGGGUCAUCUGAAAUUGUGAUUGGCUCACUAAUAAUCCCAGGACAAAGUUAGACAUCACUACUCAAGCCUAAGUUUUCCUAAGACUGCUACAAAGAUGUUUGAUAUAAAGGCUUGGGCUGAGUAUGUUGUGGAAUGGGCUGCAAAGGACCCAUACGGCUUCCUUACAACAGUUAUUUUGGCCCUUACUCCACUGUUCCUAGCAAGUGCUGUACUCUCCUGGAAAUUGGCCAAGAUGAUUGAAGCCAGGGAGAAGGAGCAAAAGAAGAAGCAAAAACGUCAAGAAAAUAUUGCAAAAGCUAAACGACUAAAAAAGGAUUGAAAAAAUGAACAGGCUUUGCAACCAGAGGAAAAUCAUUUGGAAAAUUAUGCAGCUUUGAAAGAAUGCACUAAGAUUCCUUUGGAUUUUAUGACAGUAUUAUUUCAUAAACGAAAUCUGACUAUAUGGAAGAAUCAAGUUAGUUCUGAUAUCAGUACUGUAACUUUUAGGCUUGGGUAUAGAAGUUUGUUAUCUAUUGAGUUAUUGUAAAUUAGCAUUUAGUAAGGUACAAAUUCUUUUUUAUAACUGAUUUAGUUAUUUGCCAUUUAGCAGCUUACAUAUUGCAGUGAAAACAUCUUGUGGAGAAAAACGACGUUAGAUUAUGAACUGUAUUCAAAUUAAGAUUUAAAAUGGGAUCCUGUUCAGGACAAAGGAAAUUAAGAAUGUUAAAGUCAUAAUUUUCCUCUCUGAGGUGAAGAGUAUGCUUUGGCUUAAAAGAGAUACAGUAUAUUAAUCAUACCUUUUUAUCAUUAUUGCUUAUUUGUUGGAAUAGAAUCAUUUCUGCCUUUCUCAAAGCAAAGUAAUAUUUUCUGCAUUUUUCUGAUUUCAGCCUUUGAGACAGUGGUAAUUAUCAAGACAUUCUGCAUUUUUGAAACCUAAUUUUAUAAAGAAUUCUCUUAUCCUGACUAGAAUACCACCUACUGGAUAUAACAGCUUUUUUUACUUAUGAGCGCUGCCAUUUUCUUAGAGGUGACUUGUUGAGAAGAGCAGCACUGUUAUUUAAAGCUUGCAGUAAAAAUACCAAAUACUAUAGUAACUUGGAGCCAGUUUAUUCUCUUAAUAUGUAGAACUGUAAAAUAUUUCAAAUGUCUUAUCACAUAAUUUGCUGGUUAUAUAGAUACCACUUUUGUUUUUUAUUCCAUUCUUUAACUUAUGUGGUAGUGAUGUCCUGAAUUUUUUGAUCAAACAAGUUCAAAGUGAAAAUUAAAAUUUCAAAUUUCUUUUAAAGAACUCUUAAAGAGUAACAGUUAAGUCAUAUUUCAUAAGUGGUAAAGAAAGGCUUAAAGUUUGGAAUAAUUUUGUUGGGCAUAGUUGCAGUUGGGGGAAAGGAAUAAAUUAUGUUAAAAUGAGAAUGUGCUAUAAUUAGAAGUAAAGAUCUAAAGUGUUUUCAAUUAAAUAGUAUAACUGGAACUUUUUACUAUUAAACAUGGCUUUUAUAAAUGCAUGGUUCAGUAAUUUUAUUCACUGUCAGUACUAUUUAAUAGCUUAUUAAUGUUUUCUGCACCUCUGAUAAUGAAUUUUCAGUUAAAAAAAUUGUCCGACUCUAUAAUUUUAAAAUAAAACUAGAUAUUGAAAUAAAUUUGAUACUUUUUAUAAAGAGG